GAGCGGAUCCGGGGGCAGAGAGUCGUCGGCCGCCGCGCUCCAGCCUCCGCCCGCACCGAGCAGCGGGACCCGGGCCGCACUGGGGAGGGGCCGCUCCGGGCCGCAGCGCGAGGGCAUCGAGGGGCGACGGGGACCCGGCACCGGGCGGGGCCGGCGGCAGCGACCAUGAUCGCUUUGUUCAACAAGCUGCUGGACUGGUUCAAGGCCCUGUUCUGGAAGGAGGAGAUGGAGCUCACGCUGGUGGGGCUGCAGUACUCCGGCAAGACCACCUUCGUCAACGUGAUCGCGUCAGGACAGUUCAAUGAGGACAUGAUCCCCACCGUGGGUUUCAACAUGCGUAAAAUCACCAAAGGGAAUGUGACCAUCAAGCUCUGGGACAUUGGGGGACAACCCCGUUUCCGCAGCAUGUGGGAGCGCUACUGCCGAGGAGUGAGUGCCAUAGUGUACAUGGUGGAUGCUGCUGACCAGGAGAAGAUCGAGGCCUCCAAGAAUGAGCUCCACAAUCUACUGGACAAACCUCAGCUACAGGGCAUCCCGGUUUUAGUCCUGGGUAACAAGCGAGACCUCCCAGGAGCAUUGGAUGAGAAGGAGUUGAUUGAGAAAAUGAAUCUGUCUGCCAUCCAGGACCGAGAGAUCUGCUGCUACUCCAUCUCCUGCAAAGAAAAGGAUAACAUUGACAUUACCCUACAGUGGCUUAUUCAACACUCAAAGUCACGGAGAAGCUGAGACUGCAGCCCUCCCCCCUCGGAUAGGGACUGUCGUCAUCCAAACCUGAAGCCGUGCUCCCCGCCCACCCCAUCGCCCCCUAAGCCUGCCCUCCCUUACUCAGUGUGGGGAGGGGCCCUCUGGGGACCCCAGAGUCCUGUUCUGCUGAGGUUUGAACUCCUAUUUUUACUGUAAAAUAAAUUGCCCCCCAUUUGAGUCCCCUAACCUCUCACCCUUCCCCUCUCCCUUUGUCCCUUUGCCAACCCUGCGUCCCUCCCUCUCAACUGCCCUGACCCCACAGCCUCUGCCCUCCUCUCUCCCCUGCUCCACUCCUAUUCUUCCCUACUCAACACUCUUCUGUUAUUGUCCUGUGUGUACAGUAUAUAUAUGUAUAUAUAUUUUAAUUUUUUAAUUUAAGCAAAGACUAAAAUCAACCAUUUGAUGCUGCAGGGGCUGGUCAGGAUCUGGGAGGGGGCAGUCUGGAGAGAAGGAGAGAGAUGUGGGUCGGCUUGGGGCAAGCUCAAAUGCGGAAAGGUAGAGCUGGCACCUGAGGCACAUACCAGCCUGGGCACUGGUGGCCAUUCACACGUCUAGCUGGUUUCCACCUCAACCUAGCCUGUCCCUGCAGGACUUGAAUGUUACAGACUGGCAGGAGCCUCCAGAGGCACUUCCUCUCUGCCCUCAGCCUUGGUUGGGCCACCAGGCACACCCGGGUGGUGAGACCACCAGGCCUAAGAGUCAGGAAGCCAGUGUCCCUGCCAGCCCAGCAGCCCCCCUCCUGCCUGUCUUUGGCUCCAGCUCCUGCCCGGACCCAGGGCCCCACCUCCGUGGCCCACCACGUUUUGUUCUCAUUUUGCAGUUGCACAAGGAGAGAACUCAGCUUGGGGGGUUGGUUCUUUGGGUUUUGUUUUUUGUUUGUUUAAUUUAAUGAUUUGUAAAGUGAUGUUCCUCUUCCUUUUUUUACACUUUUCAGCUCAUAUUUAACCUCUGUUUGGAAAAUGAUUCUUGUAACUGUACAUUUUUUUGCCUCCUGAUAAUAACAACAAAAAUAAAUUACCAAUUUUGUGUUGGG